AUGUCAGACUUGGAGGAUAUCGACCCUUUUUCAAAUUCUCUUCAUUUUUCAGACACUCUUCCUUAUACUGUAAAUGAUGAUUCUGAUGAUAGUUUUGAAAAAGUGGAAGAACAACAGCUUAUGUCAAUAAACCUGAACUAUCAGCCGGAGGUUAAAACACAAUUUUGCUGUCAACUUGACAGGGACAUUCACCAAGGCGACUUUACCAUUCAAAUUACUAGUGCACAAAAGACAACUGAUAAUAAUGGGAGUACUUUUAUCACAUAUACUAUAAAAGCUGUGGAUCAUGAAGUUAGGAGACGUUACUCGGAAUUCGAAUCAUUGAGGAAAUCAUUAAUGCGUUUGUACCCCACCUUAAUCGUUCCGCCAAUUCCGGAAAAGCAUUCAAUCGCUGAUUAUGCGACCAUGCAAGGCAAGGCCAAAGAGGAUAUAACAAUGAUUGAGAAACGCAAAAGAAUGCUACAAAGCUUCUUAAACCGUGUAUCAAAACACCCACAGUUGUCAGGAGAACAUAUAUUUCACAAGUUUAUGGAAACAAAUGUUUCCUGG